CACUCUCCCUUUCCGCCCCUAAUUGCCCUCUUCCUCCUUCCAUUGGCUGCCGGUCUCAGGGGCUCUCUGUUCAGCCGGGGCGCGCAGCGCCUCGGAUGCGGAUUGGUAGAAGGCCGGGCUGGGAGGCGGGUUAAAGAGCGCGUUGCUGGCUGGGCCACGCGUGCUUGAGAAGGUUCAAUGGCGUGGCAGGGACUAGCGGCCGAGUUCCUGCAGGUGCCGGCGGUGACGCGGGCUUACACCGCAGCCUGUGUCCUCACCACUGCGGCGGUGCUGGAGCUCCUCAGCCCGUUUCAACUCUACUUCAACCCGCACCUUGUGUUCCGGAAGUUCCAGGUCUGGAGACUCGUCACCAACUUCCUCUUUUUCGGGCCCCUGGGAUUCAGCUUCUUCUUCAACAUACUCUUCGUGUUCCGCUACUGCCGCAUGCUGGAAGAGGGCUCCUUCCGCGGCCGCACGGCCGACUUCGUCUUCAUGUUUCUCUUCGGGGGCGUCCUUAUGACCCUGCUGGGAUUCCUGGGCAGCCUGUUCUUCCUGGGCCAGGCCCUCAUGGCCAUGUUGGUGUACGUGUGGAGCCGCCGCAGCCCUCGGGUGAGGGUCAACUUCUUCGGCCUGUUCACUUUCCAGGCACCGUUCCUGCCUUGGGUGCUCAUGGGCUUCUCGCUGCUGCUGGGCAACUCCAUCCUCGUGGACCUGCUGGGGAUUGCCGUGGGCCACAUCUACUACUUCCUGGAGGAUGUCUUCCCCAAUCAGCCUGGAGGCAAGAGGCUCCUGCUGACCCCCGGCUUCCUAAAGCUGCUCCUGGAUGCCCCUGCAGAAGACCCCAAUUACCUGCCCCUCCCUGAGGAACAGCCAGGACCCCAUCUGCCACCCCCGCAGGAGUGACCCCCACUGAGAGCCAGGCCUAAGAGGCUUCUGGCAGCUUCCAUCCUACCUGUGAUCCCUACUUGAGGCAGAAAAAACCCAUCCUAAAGGCUGGGUCCAUGCAAGGGCCCACCCAAAUAAACAGAAUGACCUGCAGUCUCUCGGCCCACAGCACUGGCUUCCCCACCUCACCCAGCCACAUCCUUCUCUGCCUGCCCCGUCCUCACUCAGUGUGGCCUCUCAGCCCAACUGUAGGUGGUAGGAUAGGGUGCCCAUAGAGGGCAAAGAAACUGCCCAUGGUUGCCCGGCAGAGCUUUGAACUCACAGGUGACAGGCUCAGAGUCCUCAUCCUGGCCCUACCAGGGCUUUUGGGCAAGUCCUGCCCACCAUAGGCCUCUGCUCCGUGCCAGUCAGUGGGGAAUUUCACCAGAUUUCGGCUGCUGGGGCCAGGACAGGCCUCUUCUAGACUGUGCCGAGCCAGCCUACAGAUAGAUGUUCCGGCCAGUGGUGCCUUCAGGCUGAUGCCGAUCUAGCCUCUCCUGUUCCUCAUCAGCUACCCUGACAGGUGGGCCUAUAACUCAUUUAUCAUCUGGUGACACCAAAGCCCCAUGGAGUCAGGUGCAAAAGAGGGCCAGGACUGGGUCUUUCUUCUGCCCUUUCUAUGACCCCAGAGCCUUAAAAGUUUUUACCUUAGCAGAGUCCUGAGACUAGGUGAGGGAGGGACUUCUGGAAGGUUCUGUUCCUGCUCUUUUUAGCUGAGGACCUGUGUGAGCCUUAUCUGACCCCUACGGCUCACUUUUCUCUUCUGACCUGGCAGCUUUCCUUGUUGCUCUAGGCCUGUCCAUGUUGUGGUUUAUUUCUGGAUGCUCAGUGGCGCAGGGCCUCCUCCAGCUACAGGUUGUCAUUUUCACGGUAACAACACUGUUCUCUGUUGAAUCUGCCGCCCACGUCGUAGCCAGACCUUGUGGAGCUGGCUCUGCGGUGGUGUGAACUGGUAGUCAGGAGUGAGGGCCCAGCCUCCCCGGCACCUCCCAGCCAGGUGGCCCUGCCCGACCUGUGGGGUGAGGCAGCCAAGGUUCCUUCCAUCCCACCAGUUGUGGAGACACAGGGCUGCCUCACCCUUUCAUUGCCAAGGUUCCUGCCUCAUGGAUGGAACAAACACCUCAGCAAUGAAACCUGUUCAUGUCCAAGAGCAGCUGGGCUGGGAAUCUUCCCUUUUGUUCAAGGUCUUCCAGUAAGGCCCAGCUGUCCCCUUGCUGUGCGUGGGGCUCUGGGGAGUUCCACUCUUUGAUGGAGGGCAGAGGCCCUGAGUGCAAACGCCCUUGGGAGAGUCUCAUGCUAACAUGUGCUCAAAGGAGCCCCCAUCUCACAUCCCAGCGACCAAGAACCUCAAUCCCUAAUCGGAGCUCUGCCUCUGCCCACAUGGGGCCCUACCCCACCUCCAGGGAGCACAGCAAUCUCUGACCCUAGCCCUGCCCUGGCAGCCAGGGACUUGCCAACAGCUGAGGGUGGCAGCAGUCUGUGCUGGGAUCUGUGCCCAUUCCCUUCAGUAAGGCUGGAGCUGCGAGCCAGUUUGCUGCCCUCCCAGAUCCUAUGUCCAUUCUAAAGAGUGGGGACCCCUCCCUAUUACAGAUGAGAACACAGAGGGGACACGAACUCCUUGGAGGCAGGGCUGGGAAGGGACCUUGGGCUCUGUCUCCUCCCUGCACCAUGUCAACCCCAAGAGCUGGCACCAGGCCGGGAGGGCUAUUCCCAUAUUCCUCACAGCUGGCCUGUGAGGCAGGAGCUGGCCCAGGCCACAGCACCUGCUGGGGUGGGAAAGGGCCCCAGUUGACCUGGCUAUGGGUGCCACUGGAGUUAGAACAGCCCUCCUGCACCCAGGCUGGUGACAGCCCAGCAGUGCCCACACAGGACUGGGCCCUCCGCAGGGGACUUCAGAGCAGCAAGGCCCCAGCUGGCAGUAGCCUGACCAUCUGAACACAGCAGAGCCAGGGUGGCCCAGGGACAGCAGGAGAGCUCAUGGCACCUUUCUGAGGCCAAGCAAGGGGAGCAGGGUUAGGGCUGUUGCUGAAAGGCAGAGAGCCUCUGCCUUGAGCCUCACAGCCACUCUUCUCAGCUCUCUGGGUCUGGAAGGAGAACAGGCUGAGGGGAGCUGAGGUGCUACCAGAAGCCCCAUUCACCCUCGCCCACCCACCUGGGAAUCUGAGGCAGAGGAGGGUGAGGCCUGUGUGCCAGCCUUGUUCACAUGCCACCUUUGUCCCCCCAAGCCUCAGCUCCACUUCUGGCUCUCAUUAUUUUUAUGCUAAAACUCUGAAGAAAUUGAACAUGACCUGUUG